AUGGCGUCAACAACGGUGUACUGGGAAGUCCUGGCAACGGCGAAGGAGGCGGCCCGACUUGCUGGAAAGCACAUGCGGGCUCAUUUGGGAUCCGUGAGCGCGGCCGCCGCGUCGAAGAGCAACAAGGAUGACUUGGUCACGGUGGUCGACAAGCAAUGCCAGGAAAUUAUUGCCGCCCAGAUCGCAGCCAAGCACCCGACGCACCGCAUGCUGGGCGAAGAAGACGUGGAUGCAGGAAGCGAUGCGUCGAAAGCUGCCAUUCAGUCGAUGGACGGGACGCAGUGGCUGUGGGUGGUCGACCCAAUCGACGGCACGACCAACUUCGUCCACACGCGUCCAGCCAGCGUCGUGUCGAUCGCGGUCGCGUUGGAAGGGGUGGUCGUCGUUGGCGUGAUAUAUGAUCCGUAUCGCGACGAGCUCUUCAGCGCACUGCGCGGCCAUGGCGCGUAUUUGAACGACGUUGCGAUCCACGUUAGUCAAAACGAGCAGACGUUCUCGCAGGCGCUGGUGGGAUUUGGAAUUGGGACCAAACCCAGUGUUCGAUUGCCCAUGCUUGACGUGAUUGCUUUGUUCUCACGCACAUGCCGCGGGCUGCGUCUGCAAGGCGCCGCCGCGUUGGAGCUGGCCUGGACCAGCUGUGGCCGUCAAACGGGCUUUUACGAGCUGGAUUUGAACUCGUGGGACGUCGCUGCUGGCUCGUUGCUCGUGUCGGAAGCUGGGGGCCACGUCUCGGACUCGACGGGCGCUCCGUUCACUCUGCAUACCCGUCACAUUGUCGUCUCGAAUGGACAGGGCACCAUCCACCAAGAUUUGUUGCGAUGCAUUGCCGAUGCCAACGCAACACAUCCACGCUAG